GUGUAGUCGUGCUUGUGAACAUGUGUUAAUAUGUAUCAAUCUGUGUCUUGUGUAGAUUUUAAGGAGGUUCUUCCAGAGGUGUGUAACGCUGUGCAGGAGGCGGAUUUCAUCUCUAUAGAUGGAGAAUUCACGGGAAUCAGUGAUGGGCCGUCAGUAAGUGCUCUGACCAAUGGACUUGAUACACCAGAGGAGAGAUACACUAAACUGAGGAAGCACUCCAUGAACUUCCUGCUCUUCCAGUUCGGCCUCUGCACCUUCAGAUACGAGCCGAAUCAGUCCUCGUACGUCACUAAAGCCUUCAACUUCUACAUCUUCCCCAAACCCUUCAGCCGCACGUCUCCGGACAUCAAGUUCAUCUGUCAGAGCUCCAGCAUUGAUUUCCUGGCCAGUCAGGGCUUCGACUUCAACAAGGUCUUCCGCAGCGGGAUCCCGUACCUGACGCAGGAGGAGGAGUCUCAGCUGAGGGAGCAGUAUGAGGAAAGGCGGAGUCAGAUCAAUGGGGCGGGGACAGUGUUGUACACGCCCACUGCAGGGAUGGGAUUCUGUAAUGUGCCUGAAGACCAGAGAGACUUCAUCAGGAUGGUGGAGUGGCUGUUGGACACCAAGCUGAUGGCAUCCACGCAGCCCUACAAGGAGAUCAUCAGCAACACAUCACUGGCUGAACUGCACAAACAGCUGAGAGAGAAACCUUUCAGAUCACCCACCACCGAGUGUCCUGAAGGCCUCCAGAGUUACGACACGUCCACAGAGCAGCUUCAUGAAGCCGGUUAUGAUGCCUUCAUCACUGGACUGUGCUUCAUCUCCAUGGCAAACUACCUGGAGUGUCCUGAAGGCCUCCAGAGUUACGACACGUCCACAGAGCAGCUUCAUGAAGCCGGUUAUGAUGCCUUCAUCACUGGACUGUGCUUCAUCUCCAUGGCAAACUACCUGGAGUGUCCUGAAGGCCUCCAGAGUUACGACACGUCCACAGAGCAGCUUCAUGAAGCCGGUUAUGAUGCCUUCAUCACUGGACUGUGCUUCAUCUCCAUGGCAAACUACCUGGGAUCUUUUCUCACUCCUCCAAAGAGUCACAUCUCUGCCCGCUCCAAACUCCUCGAACCCUUCUACAACAAAUUAUUCCUGAUGAGGGUGAUUGACAUUCCCUACCUGAACAUGAGUGGACCUGACCUGCAGCCCAAGAGAGAUCAUGUCCUGUACGUCACGUUCCCUAAAGAGUGGAAGACCAGCGACCUGUACCAGCUCUUCAGCGCCUUUGGGAACAUCCAGGUGUCGUGGAUCGAUGACACGUCAGCGUUCGUGUGUCUCAGUCAGACGGAGCAGGUUCAGAUAGCCAUGAACACUAGCCGCUACGCCGAGAGCUACUGCAUCCAGACCUACGCUGAGUACAUGCAGUCCAGACAGAAGAGCACACACACCAGCAGGAGGUGGACUGACGACGGCUGGGCGGACACUUCCUACAGCGCCGCCGCCAUGACGACCGCCUCGGGCUUCAGCCACGCCCACAGCCGACUGCAGGCGGUCAAGAGGGGCAUCAGUACGUCUCCGGAGGAGCAGAAUCACGACGCUGACAGCAGCUGGACAAACUACAGCAGCGUCAAGAAGAUCAAGACCGACGGUCCGAGGAGGCGGAGCCUGGGGAGUCCUCAGCCAAUCAGAGUCAAGGUAAAAGGAGCCGCAGACACAAGAAGAGGAAGGAGGAGGAGGAGGAGGAGGAGGAGAGAGCAGCAGAGAGAGCAGGAGGAGCUAAAUGAGGCUGUGGGUUUCUCCAGAGUUAUCAGAGCCAUCUCUAAAUCUGGUAAACUGGUGGUGGGUCACAACAUGCUGCUGGACGUCAUGCACACCAUCCAUCAGUUCUGUGGGCCGCUGCCUGAGGAGCUGGAUGACUUUAAGGAGGUGGCCAUGUCUGUGUUUCCCAGGCUGUUGGACACCAAGCUGAUGGCAUCCACGCAGCCCUACAAGGAGAUCAUCAGCAACACAUCACUGGCUGAACUGCACAAACAGCUGAGAGAGAAACCUUUCAGAUCACCCACCACCGAGUGUCCUGAAGGCCUCCAGAGUUACGACACGUCCACAGAGCAGCUUCAUGAAGCCGGUUAUGAUGCCUUCAUCACUGGACUGUGCUUCAUCUCCAUGGCAAACUACCUGGGAUCUUUUCUCACUCCUCCAAAGAGUCACAUCUCUGCCCGCUCCAAACUCCUCGAACCCUUCUACAACAAAUUAUUCCUGAUGAGGGUGAUUGACAUUCCCUACCUGAACAUGAGUGGACCUGACCUGCAGCCCAAGAGAGAUCAUGUCCUGUACGUCACGUUCCCUAAAGAGUGGAAGACCAGCGACCUGUACCAGCUCUUCAGCGCCUUUGGGAACAUCCAGGUGUCGUGGAUCGAUGACAUGUCAGCGUUCGUGUGUCUCAGUCAGACGGAGCAGGUUCAGAUAGCCAUGAACACUAGCCGCUACGCCGAGAGCUACUGCAUCCAGACCUACGCUGAGUACAUGCAGUCCAGACAGAAGAGCACACACACCAGCAGGAGGUGGACUGACGACGGCUGGGCGGACACUUCCUACAGCGCCGCCGCCAUGACGACCGCCUCGGGCUUCAGCCACGCCCACAGCCGACUGCAGGCGGUCAAGAGGGGCAUCAGUACGUCUCCGGAGGAGCAGAAUCACGACGCUGACAGCAGCUGGACAAACUACAGCAGCGUCAAGAAGAUCAAGACCGACGGAAGCUGCUCGCAGACGUACGCCGAUGUGACUGGCUCCUGUGAUUGGUCCAGACUGCAGCCUGAUGAAGGCGGAGCCUCGAGUCCAGUGCAGGAGGAGGCGGAGCCUGGGGAGUCCUCAGCCAAUCAGAGUCAAGGUAAAAGGAGCCGCAGACACAAGAAGAGGAAGUCAGACACUUCUGAAACGAUGCCACCGGCGCUCUUCGACGUUCCUCAGGUUUGGUAGUGAAGGCUCGGCAGCCAAUCAGAAGCCUCGCUCAGUCCGGGUGUAAUCGACAGCCAAUCAGAAGACUGCACUUGACUCCUGACACCCAGCGUGUGUCGUCUGUGACCUCCCGUGACCUCUCCUGGCGUGGCCCGAGUUCAGAGCGUUUUAAAGGUGCUGAAGAUACCGAGCCGUUUCCAGUGUGAGUGUGUAUGAGUGCGUCCUGUAGUAUUUUAACCUGGUUUCCGACGGCGCUCCCUCAUUUUAAGUGUCGACGUGUCCUGCAGGUUUAUUUAUUCCUCAUGAUGGUGUUUCGUCUUUAGUGUAACCGUGAUUAACAGUGAGA